CUGGGCCCACCGUAACUGACUGGGUGUUCUUUACAGACACGUGACGUCGCGCACCGGGCCCGUCUAUCGAGUAUUCGGUCCCAUUCGUCAGUGCUCGGACACCUGACUAAUAACAAAAGAACUCGCUCCAUUCAGAGAUUCAGAGAAGACCCGCCUCUCCCGUGAGGCCGUGACGCGACGCCGGAUCGUCCUCGUCUCCUAGCUCGUGGAAUGAAGGGAGGUGGCGUCAUCAGGGCCGCCGGCGGAGGUGCCGGCGGUGCGGGUCUGUUGCGAACGCGACUGCGGCUUCCCGUGGUGCUCCUCUCCUGCUCCCUCUUCUUCCUCGCCGGCUUCUUCGGCUCGCUCCUCUUCACCCAGGAUCCGGAGGAGGCGGAUAUGCCGGUGCCGAGAGAGCGGCUGUUGGAGGCGGCGUGGCCGGAGAUGCCUUACGGCGAGUCCGGCGAGGCUGCGCCGUCCUUGAUCCCAUACCAGAUUUUGAGCUGGCAGCCUCGUGCUUUGUACUUUCCACAAUUUGCGACAUCAGAACAGUGUGAAAAUAUAGUAAAAACGGCAAAGGAGAGACUUAAGCCAUCAACAUUAGCCCUGAGGAAAGGAGAAACCGCAGAGAGUACAAAAGGAAUCAGGACAAGUUCGGGAACAUUCCUUAGUGCUAAUGAAGACCCAACUGAAACCCUUGCGGAAAUCGAGAAGAAGAUUGCAAGGGCUACCAUGUUACCCAGAAAUCAUGGGGAGCCAUUUAAUGUCCUGCGGUAUAAUAUUGGACAAAGGUAUGCUUCACAUUAUGACGCAUUUGACCCAGCUCAGUAUGGUCCACAAAAAAAUCAAAGGGUGGCAUCUUUCUUGCUUUAUCUCACGGAUGUCGAAGAAGGGGGAGAAACUAUGUUCCCAUACGAGAACAGUGAGAAUAUGGAUAUAGGCUAUGACUAUGAGAAGUGCAUUGGCCUAAAGGUAAAACCAAGGAAGGGUGACGGACUCUUGUUUUACUCCCUUAUGGUAAAUGGGACCAUUGACCGGACUUCACUUCAUGGUAGCUGCCCCGUCAUCAAAGGCGAGAAAUGGGUCGCCACCAAAUGGAUCAGAGACAAUAUAGUGUAGAAAUCGAAAGGCUCAGGUGUCAUGUGCCCUCCAAAAAAAUAGAUCAUGCGCACAUAUACUGACCAUAUACUUCAGUGUUUGUUCAAUUGCCAUGGACAGUUGGACCAACGGAAGGAAAGUGUAACCAAUCUAUUUGCAUCGUGUCAAUAUAUAGCCUACAACUU